AUGGCACCAGCAGUCGAGAGACACGAGGGCAAUCUAGCAGUUUCUGCGGGGCACAAGCGGGCGUCGUCCGUUUCGUUGUUGCAAGAGGGCACCGAUGCGGCAGCGCUGGCGGAGGACUUGAAGAAGGUGAGGAUAUACAGCGGUAUCGUGGAGUACGAGGAUACGCUUGCUGCGCUGGUCGAGUCCGUGGACUCGUACAAGCCCGAUAUGGCUGUUGCUCAGAGGCUGGUGGACGCAGACAAGGAGUUGUUUGCGAGCCUGGACAAGUUCAAGGAGUACGACGAGAUCAGCACGCGGCUGGGCGAGUUGAAGGGAAAAUCUACGGCACUGGACACUAAGACCAGGGAUAUACUGGAGAAGCUGAACGAGUGCCACGACGAACUGAACAAGCUGCCGUACUUGGAACAGGUACAAUUUGAGAUGGAUACGAUACUCGAACAACGGGAGAAGAUCAACUCGAGCGAGUUGCUGGAUUACGCCACAAAGCUGUCCAAGUUCACCAGGAUACCGCCUACAUUCGAUAAGGGGUCCAUAGGUCCCAACAACUUCAUAUGGCCAGCAGAGGAUGCGCUGCGGAAGGGGAUGCUCGCGAUCGCAGCGUUGCACUCCAGGGAACUGACAAGAAUACCUGGCCAAGACGAUGCGGAGGAUAAGAAAAAACAGACAGAGAAACCGGAUGUACCAGAACCAGCACCGGUGACGGAAGAGAGGAGAAGCUCUUUCGUCUUUGGAGACACAUCCACGGCAGACGAUCAGAAAUCCUCCUCCGCGCACAGUGACCACGACGACGACGACGCAAUGGACCUUGACUUGGACUUGUUCAACCCAGACGAGUUCUAG